UAAAGUCUAAACCCUCACGCUGCUCAAUCAAACGCGGCCUUCCUUCCCAUGGCUCCGACCUUCGUUUUCGAAGCCCCAAGCGACGAAGAACUCGACCUCCACUUCCCUGCGAAAGGCGACGAAGACGACGACGAACAAGAAGAAGCACAUGAAAUAGAAGACGAAGAAGAAGAGGAACGACCAUCGAAGCACAAAUCUCAAUCUCCAUGGGACUUCGGAUCCUACUCGGAGUCCGUCGCCGAAGAGCAUGCCCGCCGCAGCACAACCUCCAUCGACUUCAAAAUAUCCAAAGCCCUCCAAAACCGGUCCGUCCCAAUCUCCAAUGACGAGUCCGAUAGCGCCGAGUCCGAACUCGAUAAACAAGAAGAUUAUAGGCCCGAAGAUGAUGAUGAUACGACCAGUAAUGCCGGUGACAGUAAGUCUUUCUUUGCACCGUCCGAUGGAGCUUCGUUCCAUGCCAAUUCAUUCAUGGAGCUCAAUUUGUCGCGUCCUUUGCUUCGGGCUUGUGAGGCCUUGGGGUACACUAAGCCCACGCCAAUUCAGGCGGCGGUCAUACCAUUAGCAUUGAGCGGGAGAGAUAUAUGCGGGAGUGCUGUUACUGGUUCCGGAAAGACAGCCGCAUUUGCACUGCCUACUUUGGAGAGGUUGCUAUUCCGUCCGAAACGUGUGCCGGCAAUUAGGGUUCUUAUUCUUACUCCUACUCGUGAGUUGGCGAUUCAGGUUCUCAGUAUGAUAGAGAAACUUGCUCAAUUUACCGACAUCAGAUGUUGCCUGGUUGUUGGUGGGCUUUCGACAAAGGUGCAAGAGGUAGCCUUGAGAUCAAUGCCAGAUAUUGUUGUGGCCACACCAGGUCGCAUGAUUGACCAUUUACGCAAUUCUAUGUCUGUGGAUUUGGAUGAUCUUGCGGUUCUAAUCCUUGAUGAGGCCGAUCGCCUUUUAGAGCUUGGAUUUAGUGCUGAAAUUCGUGAGCUGGUCCGUCUAUGCCCUGUAAGAAGACAGACCAUGCUAUUUUCGGCUACAAUGACUGAAGAAGUUGAUGAGCUUAUCAAACUUUCCCUGACCAAACCCUUGCGCCUUUCAGCUGAUCCAUCCACAAAACGGCCGGCAACAUUGACUGAGGAGGUGGUUAGGAUACGCCGGAUGCGCGAAGUAAAUCAGGAAGCAGUUCUUCUUGCAUUGUGCUCAAAGACUUUUACUUCCAAAGUGAUCAUUUUCAGUGGAACAAAACAGGCUGCACAUAGAUUGAAGAUUCUAUUUGGAUUAGCUGGCUUUAAAGCAGCUGAGCUUCAUGGAAAUCUUACCCAAGUCCAGCGCCUUGAUGCUUUGGAACUUUUCAGAAAGCAACAAGUCGAGUUUUUGAUUGCAACUGACGUGGCUGCUCGUGGACUUGAUAUCAUUGGUGUUCAAACGGUGAUAAAUUAUGCAUGUCCUCGGGAUGUUACAAGCUAUGUUCAUCGUGUUGGUCGUACAGCAAGAGCUGGUCGGGAAGGAUACGCUGUUACAUUUGUUUCAGAUAAUGACCGAUCUCUUUUGAAAGACAUUGCGAAGAGAGCUGGUUCAAAGCUGAAGAGUCGAAUUGUUGCAGAACAAUCAAUAACUAAGUGGUCUGAGAUAAUUGAGCAAAUGGAAGAUCAAGUGGCUGUGAUUCUUCAAGAAGAAAUGGAAGAGAGAGCCCUAAGAAAAGCUGAAAUGGAAGCAACAAAGGCAGAAAAUAUGAUUGAACAUAGGGAUGAAAUUUAUUCGCGGCCCAAAAAAACCUGGUUUCUGAAAGAAAAGGAGAAAAAGCUUGUUGCGAAGGAAGCAAAGGCAUCUAUGGGAAAAGAAAAAAAUUCUGGAAAAGAGGUAAUCAGUGCCCAACAAGCCGAAGACCUCAAAAUGAAGGAAAAAAGGAAGCGGGAGCGUGAGAAAAAUAUGCCGCGGAAGAAGCGUCGAAAAUUGGAAGCAGCUAGAGAAAUGUUGGAGGAUGAAAACCAAGUUAACAAACAAGAAGGUAACGGGAAAAACAAGAAAGAAAAAGCUGGAAUAUCACUUGUUGACGUGGGUUACCGACGGGCCAAAGCAGUAAAGGCUGGAAAGAGGGCGCUGGAUGCUGGCAAGAUUGUAAAGAAGACCAGCAGUAAUUCUAAACGUCCUACCCAAAAACCUCAAUCAAGGACAGAAGAGAUGCAGGAGCUAUUCCAGAGUGAUAUGAGUGAGAGAAAGCAGAAAAGAAACGAUGCUGCAGGAAAGAAAAAGUCCAAGAAAUCCUUUAAGAGCAAGUCAAGGUACAAGCGCAAGUAACAAUUUCAAGUUGGUGGCUAAGAUUACCCAUAACAUGUCUUAAUGCGAGAGGAUGGGCGGUCUAUGGAGUUGUUCGUUCGGUCAACAAUGAUACUUUUAGAGGAAGAGGUAAAUUGGUAUCCAAUACCAUUUGCACACUUGAAGGCAUGGGAUGGGAGGAAGGGGUGUUACUGCUUUAGGAGAACAUGUUUUACCGUAGCAACCAACUCCCAUCGUUUUUGAUCAAUUAUUGUGAUGUAUUAUUGUUCUUUCCGAAAUUUAAUGUUGAGCAGUAAAGGGAAAAAAGGUUGGGUUCCCAAAAAUUUAUGAAACAAAAGUUUUAUGUCC